AUGCAGCAGGCAGGGUGGGUGCUGGCCUUUGAGAUCUUCAUCCCCCUGGUGCUCUUCUUUAUCCUCCUGGGUCUGCGGCAGAAGAAACCAACCAUCCCUGUGAAGGAAGUCUCUUUCUACACGGCGGCCCCGCUCACCUCGGCCGGGAUCCUGCCCGUCAUGCAGUCCCUGUGCCCCGACGGCCAGCGCGACGAGUUUGGCUUCCUGCAGUACUCCAACUCCACCGUGACGCAGCUCCUGGAGCACCUCAGUGAAGCGGUGGAGCAGAGCAGCCUCUUCGACCCGCAGCACCCGGGGCUGGAGGAGGAGCUGGAGUCACUGCGCCGGCGCCUGGAGGCACUCAGCAGCAGCGAGCCCAGCUCCAUGGAGACCCACUUCAGCAACUCAGCAGGAUCCGGCUUCACGCUGGCAUGGGCGGCCAAGGACCAGGGUGAGCUGCAGCGCUUCCUGACACAGAACCUGUCCCUCCCCAACAGCACAGCCGAGCUGCUCCUAAGCUCCAGUGUUGACCUGCGGGAGGUGUACCGCCUGUUUUUCGGUUCCUUCCCUUUGGUACCUGAUGAGACCCAUGAGCGAGACCUGUGGGAUGGGUUUGGCCCUGGCAAGAAGAUGGCGCAGCUGGAGACGAGCCUCCCCAGCGGCUGGCGGGGGCUGCGGGAAGGGCUGGUCCACAGAGCCCUUCAGGACCCCACAGCAGCCCUGCACCAGCCGGCACUGCUCCGCCUGCUCUCCCAGGCCCUGGGCCUCACCGGCACCGCUCUGGCACCCACCACCUCUGAGAGCCCCCAGGCCUUCAUCACUGAGAUGGAGGGUGUCCUCUUCACCGGGCCGGUGCUGGAGCAGCUGACAUGCGAGCAGAGCCCGGGGGAGCUGCACCGCCUCCUGCGUGUGGCCCCUGGGCAGCAGCCGCUGCUGCAGGCAUACUGGGUGCUGGCCUGCAAUGGCAGCCGCACUGCCCGCAGGGACCGCUUUGCCCAGCUGGCCACCGAGCUCCGGAACCAGCUGGAUACCCCCAAAAUCGUCAGCAGGCUGAAGCUGGAUGAGGUGAACAGUACGGCUGCCCAGCACCGCCUCCGCGCCCUCCUGGAGGACCUAGCGGAGAUGGAGAAGGUUCUCCGUGAUGUGGACAUCCUCUCAGCACUGGCCAAGCUGCUACCCAGGGGAGCCUGCACCAGCAAGGCCCCACCACCCACUGCCAACAGCACCAGCUGGGCCAGUGCCAAUGCCACGGCUGGCAAUGCCACGGCGGAGGAGGAGGGCGCUGAGGGGGGCCCGGCCGGUGGCGACAACCCCCAGGGGCAGUUCUCAGCAUUUGUGCAGCUCUGGGCCGGGCUGCAGCCCAUCCUCUGCGGCAACAACCGGACAAUUGAGCCCGAGGCGCUGAAGCAGGGCAACAUGAGCUCUCUGGGCUUCACCAGCAAGGAGCAGCGAAACCUGGGCCUCCUUGUGCAUCUGAUGACAAGCAACCCCAAAAUCCUGUACGCGCCUGUGGGCACCGAAGUGGACAAGGUCAUCCUGAAGGCCAACGAGACCUUCGCCUUUGUGGGCAACGUCACCCACUAUGCCAAGGCAUGGCUGAACAUCUCCCCCGAGAUCCGUGCCUACUUGGAGGAGGGCAGGCUGCAGAGGCGCAUCCGCUGGCUCCAGCAGUUCACCGCCGACCUCCACAAGCACCCAGAGAUCCUGAAUGUCUCUGACAGCGAUGUUCUCCACAACUUCCUCAAUGGCAACUUCUCCCUGCCCAACGCCAGCGUCCUGCUCCAGCAGCUGGACACCAUUGACAAUGCCGCCUGUGGCUGGGUCCACUUCAUGGCCAAGGUCAGCGUGGACAUCUUCAAAGGCUUCCCGGAUGAGGAGAGCAUCGUCAACUACACACUGAACCAGGCCUACCAGGACAACGUCACAGUCUUUGCCAGCGUCAUCUUCCAGACCAACAGGGACGGCUCACUGCCUCCCCACGUCAUGUACAAGAUCCGGCAGAACUCCAGCUUCACCGAGAAGACCAACGAGAUCCGGCGGGCGUACUGGCGGCCCGGCCCCAACACCGGCGGACGCUUCUACUUUCUCUACGGCUUCGUCUGGAUCCAGGACAUGAUGGAGCGUGCCCUCAUCAACACGUUUGUUGGCCACGAUGUGGUGGAGCCUGGCAACUAUGUGCAGAUGUUCCCUUACCCGUGUUAUACCCGGGACGACUUCCUCUUCGUCAUCGAGCACAUGAUGCCCCUGUGCAUGGUGAUCUCCUGGGUCUACUCGGUGGCCAUGAUGAUCCAGCACAUUGUGACGGAGAAGGAGCAUCGCCUGAAGGAGGUGAUGAAGAUGAUGGGCUUGAACAACGCAGUGCAUUGGGUGGCUUGGUUCAUCACCGGCUUCGUCCAGCUCUCCAUCUCAGUCACGGCGCUCACCGCCAUCCUGAAGUAUGGCAAGGUCCUGAUGCACAGCGAUGUCCUCAUCAUCUGGCUCUUUCUCGCCAUCUACGCAGUGGCCACCAUCAUGUUCUGCUUUCUGGUGUCGGUGCUCUACUCCAAGGCCAAGCUGGCCUCUGCCUGUGGUGGCAUCAUCUAUUUCCUCAGCUACGUGCCCUACAUGUACGUGGCCAUCCGGGAGGAGGUGGCUCAUGACAAGAUCACAGCCUUUGAGAAGUGCAUCGCGUCCCUGAUGUCCACCACGGCCUUCGGGCUGGGCUCCAAGUACUUUGCACUGUACGAGGUGGCUGGCGUGGGCAUCCAGUGGCACACCUUCAGCCAGUCGCCUGUGGAAGGAGACGACUUCAACCUCCUGCUGUCCAUGAUGAUGUUGAUCGUGGAUGCCGUGGUGUACGGGGUGCUCACGUGGUACAUUGAGGCUGUUCACCCGGGCAUGUUCGGCUUGCCACGGCCCUGGUACUUCCCCUUCCAGAAGUCUUACUGGCUGGGCAACGGGCGAGUGGAGACCUGGGAGUGGACCUGGCCCUGGUCCCGCACCACCCGCCUCAGCAUCAUGGAGGAGGAUCAGGCCUGUGCCAUGGAGAGCCGGAGGCUGGCAGAGGAGACACGGGGCAUUGAGGAGGAGCCGACCCACCUCCCCUUGGUCGUCUGCAUUGACAAGCUCACCAAGGUCUACAAGACAGACAAGAAGCUGGCACUGAACAAGCUGAGCCUCAACCUCUAUGAAAACCAGGUGGUGUCCUUCCUGGGGCACAAUGGUGCAGGCAAAACCACCACCAUGUCCAUCCUCACCGGCUUGUUCCCCCCGACCUCGGGCUCCGCUACCAUCUACGGCCAUGAUAUUCGGACAGAGAUGGACGAGAUCCGGAAGAACCUGGGCAUGUGUCCCCAGCACAACGUGCUCUUUGACAGGCUGACAGUGGAGGAGCACCUCUGGUUCUACUCGCAGCUCAAGAGCAUGGCAGAGGAGGAGAUCCGCAAGGAGAUGGACAAGAUGAUUGAAGACCUGGAGCUCUCCAACAAACGCCACUCCCUGGUGCAGACCCUUUCAGGGGGCAUGAAGAGGAAGCUGUCAGUGGCCAUUGCAUUCGUGGGUGGGUCACGGGCCGUGAUCUUGGAUGAGCCCACGGCUGGCGUGGACCCGUAUGCACGUAGGGCCAUCUGGGACCUGAUCCUUAAGUACAAGCCAGGGAGGACCAUCCUGCUCUCCACGCACCACAUGGAUGAAGCCGACCUACUGGGUGACCGCAUCGCCAUCAUCUCCCAUGGCAAGCUCAAGUGCUGUGGCUCUCCACUCUUCCUCAAGAGCACCUACGGCGAUGGCUACAAGCUGACGGUGGUGAAGAAGCAGUCGGAUACCAGGAACGGCACAGAGCCAGGCCAGCCACACAGCCCCCCUGCCCACUCCUCCGUCAGCCCCUGCUCUGAGCCUCGCGUCUCACAGUUCAUCAAGAAAUACGUGGCCUCCUGCCUCCUCAUCUCUGACACCAACACUGAGCUCUCCUACAUCCUGCCCAGCGAGGCCGUCAAGAAGGGCUGCUUCGAGAGGCUCUUCCAGCACUUGGAGCAGAGCCUGGAAGAGCUGGACCUCACCAGUUUCGGGCUAAUGGACACCACACUGGAGGAGGUUUUCCUGAAGGUGUCCGAGGAGGACCAGUCUCUGGAGAACAGCGACGUGGACAUGAAGGAGUCCAAGAAGGAUGCCCUGCGGCCACCCGCCCCUGAGGUGGGCCCAAAGCCCGAGGCCAACGGGGAGCCCCUGGCAGAAGCAGCUGUGCCUGAGAAGCCCGAGGUGGAGCUCAGCAACCUGGUGACCUGCUCCAAGCUGGCGCAGUCGCAGGCAUCCCUGCGCUCGGCCUCCUCGGUGGGCUCCGUGCGGGGUGAUGAAGGUGGGGCUUAUUCCGAAUUCUUUGGGGAUUACGCGCCCCUGUUCGAUAACCGGCAGGACCCUGAUAACAUCAGUCUGCAAGAGCAAGAGGCGGAAGCGGAGGACCACGAUCUGGCUGGGCAGGGGAGCUUCAAGCUGGAGGGCUCGUGGCUGAAGCUGAGGCAGUUCCACGGGCUGAUUGUCAAGCGCUUCCACUGCGCCAAGCGCAACACCAAGGCCCUCUUCUCGCAGAUCCUUCUGCCUGCCUUCUUCGUCUGCGUGGCCAUGACAGUGGCACUCUCUGUGCCUGAAAUAGGUGACCUGCCGCCCCUCAUCCUCUCACCGUCGCAAUACCACAACUACACCCAGCCCAAGGGCAACUUCAUUCCUUAUGCCAAUGAGGAGCGGCGUGAGUACCGCAUCAGGCUGUCUCCCGACGCGAGCCCCCAGCAGCUGGUGAACACCUUCCACCUGCCCUCUGGCGUGGGGGCCACCUGCGUGCUCAAGACAGCCUUCAACAACACGCUGGACCAGCCCAUGCAGACCCUCAACCUCAACAGCAACGAGUCCAAGAUGCUGGCAGCCAAGUACUUUGAUGCCAUGUGCAUUGACUCCUUCACCCAGGGCCUGCCGCUCUCCAACUUCGUGCCACCACCUCCAUCCCCGGCCCCCUCUGACUACCCUGUCUCAGUGGAUGAGGACCUGCUCCACGCCUGGAACUCCACGACCUUCUCCUCCACUGUCAAAGAGACCAUGACCUCAGCCCCUGCCCUGCCCCGCAUCGUCCAUGAGCCCAUCAAGUGCACAUGCUCCAUGCAGGGGACUGGCUUCUCCUGCCCCAGCGGUGUGGGGGGCCACCCCCCACAGAUGAAGGUGGUGACGGGGGACAUCCUGGCAGACAUCACAGGGCGCAAUGUCUCCGAGUAUCUGCUCUACACCUCAGACCGCUUCCGGCUGCACAGGUAUGGGGCACUCACCUUCGGCAACGUCCAGAAAUCCAUCCCAGCCUCUUUUGGGGUCAGGGCUCCUGCCAUGGUGCGCAAGAUCGCUGUCCGGAGAACGGCACAGGUCUUCUACAACAACAAGGGCUACCACAGCAUGCCUACCUACCUCAACGCUCUCAACAACGCCAUCCUGCGAGCCAACUUGCCUAAGAGCAAAGGCAACCCUGCUGCCUAUGGCAUCACGGUCACCAACCACCCCAUGAACAAGACGAGUGCCAGCCUGUCCCUGGAUUACCUCCUGCAAGGUACAGACGUGGUAAUUGCCAUUUUCAUCAUCGUGGCCAUGUCCUUCGUGCCUGCCAGCUUUGUGGUGUUCCUCGUGGCUGAAAAGGCCACCAAGGCCAAACACCUGCAGUUCGUGAGUGGCUGUGACCCUGUCAUCUACUGGUUGGCCAACUAUGUGUGGGACAUGCUGAAUUACCUGGUGCCAGCCACAUGCUGCAUCAUCAUCCUGUUCGUGUUCGACCUCCCAGCAUACACCUCUCCCACCAACUUCCCCGCUGUCCUCUCCCUCUUCUUGCUCUACGGCUGGUCCAUCACCCCCAUCAUGUACCCCGCCUCCUUCUGGUUCGAGGUGCCCAGCUCUGCCUACGUCUUUCUCAUCGUCAUCAAUCUCUUCAUUGGCAUCACGGCCACUGUUGCCACGUUCCUGCUGCAGCUCUUUGAGCAUGACAAGGAUCUGAAGGUGGUGAACAGCUACCUGAAGAGCUGCUUCCUUGUGUUCCCUAACUACAACCUGGGCCAUGGCUUGAUGGAGAUGGCCUACAACGAGUACAUCAAUGAAUAUUAUGCCAAGAUCGGGCAGUUUGACAAAAUGAAAUCACCCUUCGAAUGGGACAUCGUGACGCGGGGGCUUGUUGCCAUGACAAUCGAAGGUUUCGUCGGCUUCUUCAUCACCAUUAUGUGCCAGUACAACUUCUUCCGGAAGCCCCAGCGGCUGCCCGUCUCCACCAAGCCUAUCGAGGAUGACAUCGAUGUGGCCAACGAGCGGCACCGUGUCCUGCGCGGCGAUGCUGACAAUGACAUGCUGAAGAUUGAAAAUCUCACCAAGGUGUACAAGUCCCGCAAGAUUGGACGCAUCCUGGCUGUGGACCGGCUGUGUGUGGGUGUGCGGCCCGGGGAGUGCUUCGGGCUGCUGGGUGUCAAUGGCGCGGGCAAGACCACCACCUUCAAGAUGCUGACGGGGGACGAGAGCACCACGGGUGGAGAGGCCUUCGUUAACGGGCACAGCAUCCUGAAGGAGCUCCUGCAGGUCCAGCAGAGCUUGGGCUACUGCCCCCAGUUCGACGCGCUCUUUGAUGAGCUGACAGCCCAGGAGCACCUGGAGCUCUACACCCGCCUGCGCGGCAUCCCCUGGAAGGAUGAGGAGCGGGUGGUCAAGUGGGCGCUGAAGAAGCUGGAGCUGACCAAGUAUGCCGACAAGCCUGCCAGCACCUACAGCGGAGGCAACAAGAGGAAGCUGUCCACAGCCAUCGCGCUGAUUGGAUACCCGGCCUUCAUCUUCCUGGAUGAGCCCACCACAGGGAUGGACCCCAAGGCACGGCGCUUCCUCUGGAACCUCAUCCUGGACGUCAUCAAAACGGGUCGCUCUGUGGUGCUGACAUCUCACAGCAUGGAGGAGUGCGAGGCGCUCUGCACCCGCCUGGCCAUCAUGGUGAAUGGGCGGCUCAAGUGUCUCGGCAGCAUCCAGCACCUGAAGAACCGGUUUGGAGAUGGCUACAUGAUCACGGUGCGCACCAAGUCCAGCCUCAACAUCAAGGAGGUGGUGAGGUUCUUCAACCGCAACUUCCCCGAGGCCAUCCUCAAGGAGCGGCACCACACCAAGGCCCAGUACCAGCUGAAGUCGGACCAGAUCUCGCUGGCACAGGUCUUCAGCAAGAUGGAGCAGGUGGUGGAUGUGCUGGGCAUUGAAGACUACUCCGUCAGCCAGACCACCCUGGACAAUGUAUUUGUGAAUUUUGCCAAGAAGCAAAGUGACAACUUGGAGCAGCAAGAAACGAGCCCCACCUGUGCCCUGCAGUCCCCCUUGGAGCGUGUGCUGAGCCUGCUGCGCCCCCGGGCUGCCCCCACAGAGCUGCGGGCCCUUGUGGUGGAGGAGCAGGAGGACCUGGAGACUGACGACGAAGGCCUCAUUAGCUUCGAGGAGGAGAGGGCUCAGCUCUCGUUCAACACCGACACACUGUGCUGAGACCCUGGGGGCAGCCACGUCCCCUGGCUGUGGAGCCACCGAACCCUUUUGGCCUCUUCCUCCCUUUGCCCCGUUGAGCAGAGCUGCAGCGGCCGGAGGCACAUGCCAGGGAGGACACAGCGGGUACGGCACCGGCCUGGAAGGACCCUGUGAGCCACUGCCUGCUGGAUGGCCCUUGUCCCCUCAGCUCUGGGGCAGUGUCCCUGCGUGGUGCUGGGGGCCACCGUCCUCGGCCAGCUCACCCAGCCAGAGUGUGCCAACACAGAGACUGCGAAGGGAAUGAUGCAGCUGGGCACCAGUGCUGCCGGGCCCACGCUCUCUGUGGCGGGGAUGAGGCCUGUGAGCGGUGCCUUUGGUUGGACACCCACGUUUCACCCCCUCUGGGGACACCUGGCUGCAGGGACGCUCCCCACUCCCCCAGCACUGGCCUCACCCCAGUCCCUGGCCUGGCAGGGCCGGAGGAAGGACAGCUGCUUUCGCCUUGUUUCCAUCACCCCUUGCUUGGCGCUCACCCUUGGCACUGUGGGGGGCUUGGGGUCUGGUGCCGCAGGGACAG